CUCAUACAGCUGAUUUUCUAACCUUAAAUGUCAUCGUCCGCUUACUAAACAAGAGCAGAAAAAUAGAAAAGAAAUACAUAAAUCAAAACAGAAUGCGAUACUUAUCGAAAGUAUUUCAACCGGUCAUUACAAUACCAAAGAAUGCUAAGAUAAAAAAUACGGAAAUUACUUGUAAAAGUCAAAAGCUACUAUUAGAAUGUGGACUGAUCCGUCCAUCCGGUCCCGGGAUGUUCACAAUCCUCCCCCUAGCUCGGCGAGCUUUAGACAAGCUGGAAGCGCUCAUCAUAUCCUCCAUAGAGACUGCCGGAGCCCAGCGCAUGUCCGUACCAUCGCUCACUGCUGCCAGCCUGUGGGAGAAGACUGGGAGACUGCAGGAGGUGGGGCCCGAGCUCAUGAGGAUGGAGGAUAGGCAUGGAAAGAAGUAUUUAUUGGCUCCGACACAUGAGGAAACUAUAGCAGAUUUGCUGUCAGAUGUUGGGCCGCUCUCAUACAAACAACUCCCACUAUUACUAUAUCAGAUAAGCAACAAAUACCGCGACGAGCAUCGUCCUAAGCACGGCUUGCUCCGAGCGCGAGAGUUCAGUAUGCUGGACGCUUAUGGUAUCCACGCGAGUGAGGAAUGCGCGCGUUCAUGCUACGGCACUGUGUGUGAAGCUUAUUCGGAGCUGUUCAGAAGGCUGGACCUACCUGUGCACAAGGUGUCUGCCAACCCUGGUGAGAUGGGCGGUUCCCUCUCUCACGAGUGGCAGCUGCCAGCCGCAGCGGGUGAGGACCAGCUCGCGCUGUGCCGCCAGUGUGAGCGUGCACCGCUCUCUGACACCUGUGACACAUGUGGCGGGGAUGUACUCACUGUCAGCAGUGUGGAGGUUGGCCACACCUUUAUCCUGGGCACUAAGUACAGCUCUCCCCUCGCAGCACACUACACGCCCGCCUCCGGAGCGCCGCAGCCUCUCAUCAUGUCCUGCUACGGGAUAGGCAUCACUAGGUUACUGGCGGCGAGUAUAGAGGCGCUAUCGAGUGAGACGCAGCUGCGGUGGCCGGCGCCCAUCGCGCCAUACAGUGUCAUUAUUAUAGGACCCAAAGAAGGAUCUCGCGAGUGGCAGUCCCACGGGUUAGAGAGUAUCAACCGGCUGUGCGACCGCGUGAGCGUCACACACGACGCGCUCAUCGACGACAGACAUCAGCUCACCAUCGGCAAGCGACUCAUGAUGGCGGACAGAAUGGGCUACCCCAACAUAAUAGUCAUGGGCAAAGCGUCUCUAGAGAACCCGCCGCGAUACGAAGUGUACAGCAGAAACGCGACUGCCCCCCGCCUGCUGACGGACGCAGAACUACUUGCCAUGCUUGACGGACACUCCGUCCAGCAGAAUGUUAUUAGUAAUAAAGAAUAGUAAU